GACGCCCCGCCCCUGUGCCCCGCAGGCGGCGGGCGCUGAGGCGGCCUUGCUCCGAGGCAGCCAGGCCAGUGGCGGCGGCGGCGGCCUUGAGGGGCUCCGGGCGGCCCCGCUUCCUCCCGCGCCUCCCGCCCUUCUCCCCUCGGGCUGGCUGCCGCUUCCGGCCAGGGAGGAAGCGCUGCUGCGGGGCGGCCGGGCGGGGGCGGCGGCGGCGAGGCAGGCGCGGCAUGGCGGUGCCCGGCGGGAACGCGGCCCUGAUGGUCACCGUCACCUACGGUAAUGAAAAGCACAGUCUUCAGAUUGCUUCUCAGGAAGAAGAUAGCCAGCCCACAGUACGUGACAUGGCUCUCUUAAUUGAACAAGUAACUGGAGUUCCACUGUCUUUUCAGAAACUGAUAUAUAAAGGAAAAUCCCUGAAAGAAAUGGAACAGCCAUUGUCAGUGUUUGGCGUGAAAAAUGGUUGUAAAGUUAUGCUGAUUGGGAAAAGGAACAGUCCUGAAGAAGAGACCGAGUUAAAGAAAUUAAAAGAUUUGGAGAAAUCAGCAGAGCAGAUAGCCAAAAAAAUAGAGGAAGUUAAUAAAGAACUUGGAGGUAUUCAGAAAGGUUUUUUAGCAAAGAAUCUUCAAACUGAAGCUCUUAACCAGUUGGACAAGCGAAUAAAGGGAACUGCUGAGCAGUUUAUGAAGAUUCUGGAACAGAUAGAUGCUAUUGUUCUCCCAGAGAACUUCAGUGAUUGCAAACAGAAGAAGAAGGGGCUAGUGAAAAAGGUUCAGGCUUUUCUUGCACAGUGUGAUACAGUGGAAGGAAGUAUUGGUCAAGAAAUGGAUAAGCUACAGUCGAAGAACAUGGCUCUGGCAGAAUGAGGCAUCCACUUAAGUAACUAAAAGAAAUAAUUGCUCUGUGAGCAAGAAGAAGAGUUUGCUCUUGAUUUUGGAGCACCUGUGUUAGUGUUUGAAAUUUUAUUUUAAGCAGAGUCCAGUAAAAUUAUUGCAUGGUGGUCAUUGCUUGCUGGUUGGUGUGUACUCCUUAAAGUUAAACCUUUUCUUUCCACAAAAAAUUUUGCAGUAGUUCUUUAAUAUAUUCAAAACAUGCCUCUGCGUGGUCAAAUAUGUUUCAGCUAACUACAAUAGUACAUUUUAUAAAUCAUUUGGAGCAAUAAGUAAUGUGACUAUGAUGCUGUUGAGUGUUUGUAUGUGUUACUGGAUGUAGGAAAGAUUUAAAUGCAGCAGAAGUUUUAUCUAUCUUUCUUUCAGGAUGCCUAAAUUGGAAUGUAGUGUUAGGAUGUCUCACAUGUCAUCUAGUAGCUGUGCAUCAGUAAGCUUCUUGAUUGUAAUCUUUACAUGGUCAUUUGGUGUACAUUUGGUGUACAUUUGGUAUCCUCAAGUACACUCUCUGUUGGAACAGUGAUGGGAAUGUAAAUGAAUUACCAUUCGUCAUAAGGAAUUUGCCAAACUUUCUUUUCACCUUCAAUUGGGCCAUAAAGCUGGCUUUUAAGGGCAAAAUGAAAUGAUCCCUUUAGAUAAUUAUUUAUUGAAUAUUGAAGUAUUUGAAGCAUAUAUUUUCUAACGUAUAGUUUUAAAGGCAGAUAUGGCUUCAGGGCUAACGAUGGCUGCCAUGUGCUUGUUCUACUUACUUAAAACUAAUGUUUAGACCGGCAGUAACAGUGUUUCUCCAAGCACGUAAAGCCUAGACCUGGCAGCUGUAGCUACAGCACUACAGAACACAAAGCUUAGUUUAAAAAUCCUUGCCAGUUCUCUUGGCUUCCCAACAAAUGCGAGUAUAGUUAUGUCAGUGCCCUCUGUAGCACAAUGCCGGCAGGUACAGUAUAAGUGGCAGCAAAUGAUGUCAAGGAUCAAAGUACAUAAUGGUGUAUGUGCUAUCCAGAUAAAGUAGAUACCAGGCUUUGCACUGUCAUAGACUAACAAGUUUUCCACUAUAUUGUACUCAACUCCUCCUGUCCUCCAGAGUUUUCUUGCUUUAGCAAAAUCUGUAGAAACGUAUGAAAAGUCAGUGCAGUCGGUUUUGUUGCACCGGGGGAAAAUGGCAUUCCAUUGCUGCAAAGAUCCUAAAAACAAGAUGCAUUUAAUCAAGAAGAUAUGUUUUGCUUGCAUAAUAUAAAAUAAGCUGUUGGUGUGUUUUAUAUCUUCUUUGAAUGUUGUGUUAGAUAACAAUAAUGUAUCUCAUUUAUUAAAGAUGAGACUUAAACACCUGUAUUUCAAAGCAAUAAUACGAAUAUUUAUUUAAAAGUUCGUCAUAAAUACGGAAAAGAACAUUAGGAACUGAAAGCAGGGAAAACUAUUUUUCUUUCUGUGCAUGUUUGCCCUUCCAUUAUAAUAUUGUCACUUCCAUUUUCUUGAGUUUCACAUUGCUGGCAUCUUUCUUCUGUUGCCUUACUCUUUGAAAUGUUUGCUUGUAUUACGAUGGUGUUCAUGGGAAAUGGUUUGCCUCGUAUGCACACUUCCAACUACUUCAGAUGAUGCUAACAUGAGCUUUUUGUAGUGCUUCUGAGGGUCAGAGUAGCUUCUGAUGUACAUUUCCUCUGUGCAGAUAUUUUAUUUUGCACUCAUGAAUGUGUUGUUUAACAUGUUUGAUGCACGAAGGGUUCCAUAGCUACCAAAUUUUCAACAAGUCAAGUUUUAUUAUUGCGAAGUUUUAACUUCUCUGAACAGUCCUCUAGCGUGUUAUUGCCCCAUUUUACAGAUAGGGAAAUUGAGGUUAACAUUUGACUGGUUUCUUUCAGAGACUGAUUUCACUGAAAAGAUUGAGACACAGCUCCACUGUGAACCAAUCAGUGUUGCCUUCAUCUUUCUGUGUGUAAAAUGGAGUAAUUUUAAAUUGAAAUAUUUAGUAUUGUUUAAUUACUCUAACCCAGAUCUUCUUUUGUAUAUUGUAAGUCUGGAUCAACAUGGCUUUUAUUUGAUUGCACAUCAAUCUUAAUCGAUAGAAAUUGCUUUGACAGUGUAUGGAUAUUGAGUUAUUGUGAACAAAAAUAAGUAAAAUAAGAUAACUUCUG